CAAUGAGAAGCCGGGCAGCGUGUGACGUCAUGGGGAGUAUAAAAAACGAGCGGACCGGGUUCUCUUUCUUCUUUGGUCUUCAAUCUCCUCUGGUGAAAGUGAUACGAUGGCUGCCAACAAGGAACAGACUUUCAUUGCCGUGAAGCCGGACGGCGUGCAGCGAGGACUUGUCGGGGACAUCAUCAAGCGCUUUGAGCAGAAAGGAUUCCGCCUGGUUGGCAUGAAGAUGCAGCAGGCUAGCAAAGAGCAUCUGCAGCAGCAUUACAUUGACCUUAAAGAUCGUCCCUUCUACAGUGGACUGGUGGACUACAUGAACUCGGGGCCUGUGGUUGCCAUGGUUUGGGAAGGGUUAAAUGUGGUGAAGACCGGCCGUGUGAUGCUUGGCGAGACCAACCCCGCUGACUCCAAACCUGGCACCAUCCGUGGGGACUUCUGUAUCCAGGUUGGCAGGAAUAUCAUCCACGGCAGCGACUCUGUGGAGAGUGCCAAGAAGGAAAUUGCCUUGUGGUUCAAGCCGGAGGAGCUGACCGACUACCAGAGCUGUGCCUACUCAUGGGUGUACGAGAACUGAGCGCCCCCUCCCCCGCUCGCCGCCACAUUGUGUUCCGUUACUUGUCCGCACUAAAAGUAUUACAACCUCCAGUCUGCAUCUGUGCGACCGGCUGGGACCAAUCUGCCACUGUUAAUAAACCUGUGACCUGGUUUGCACAA